GCUAUAUAAGCCCCGGUGGAGCAGCUUUUAAGUAUCGUCUUUUCUGAACUUUCGUUAAAGACCAUCAGCUGACCAAGUUCAUCUAUCCACCAUGAACACUGCUAUUGCUUUCUGUCUGCUGGUUGCUGGCGUCAGCGCCUCUUAUGGCCCGGUGUAUUACGGAGAUCAGGCUUACCAAGGAAACAAUGGUUACUCUGCUGGAAAAAAUACCUACCCCAGCGGCAACUACGCAAGCAACAACGGUUACCAAAGCAACAAUGCCUACCAAAGCAACAAUGCCUACCCUAGCUACGCUGCCUACCCAAAAAGCAAUGUCUAUUACAACAGCAAUAACUACCAAAACAACAAUGCCUACCCAAGCAAGAACGCUUAUGAAUACAACAACGUCUACCCUAGCAGUGCUAGCUACGCCAGUGCCUCUGUCUACGCCAGCAAAGAUAACUACGCCAGCAAAGACAACUACGCCAGUGCCUCUGUCUACGCCAGCAAAGAUAACUACGCCAGCAAAGAUAACUACGCCAGCAAAGAUAACUACGCCAGCAAAGAUAACUACGCCAGCAAGGAUAACUACGUCAGCGCCCCUGUCUACGCCAACAAAGAUAACUACGCCAGCGCCUCUGUCUACGCCAGCAAAGAUAACUACGCCAGCAAAGAUAACUACGCCAGCGCCCCUGUCUACGCCAGCAAAGAUAGCUACCCCAGUGCCUCUGUCUACGCCAACAAAGAUAACUACGCCAGCGCCUCUGUCUACGCCAGCAAAGAUAACUACGCCAGCGCCUCUGUCUACCCCAGCAAGAAAGCUUAUGAAUACAACAACGUCUACCCUAGCAGUGCUAGCUACGCCAGUGCCUCUGUCUACGCCAGCAAAGACAACUACGUCAGCAAAGAUAACUACGCCAGCAAAGACAACUACGUCAGCAAAGACAACUACGUCAGCAAAGAUAACUACGCCAGCAAAGACAACUACGUCAGCAAAGAUAACUACGUCAGCAAAGAUAACUACGUCAGCAAAGACAACUACGUCAGCAAAGAUAACUACGCCAGCAAAGACAACUACGUCAGCAAAGAUAAUUACGCCAGCAAAGAUAACUAUGUCAGCAAAGAUAACUACGCCAGCAAAGAUAACUACGCCAGCAAAGACAACUACGUCAGCAAAGAUAACUACGUCAGCAAAGAUAACUACGCCAGCAAAGAUAACUACGCCAGCAAAGACAACUACGCCAGCAAAGAUAACUACGUCAGCAAAGAUAACUACGCCAGCAAAGACAACUACGUCAGCAAAGACAACUACGUCAGCAAAGAUAACUAUGUCAGCAAAAAUACUUACGCCAGCAAUGUUUACUAGGCUGUACAACCUAAACACUAUACUAACGGAGAUGAGGUCACUGCACUUUGAAGUCGUUAACUUUGUACUGACCGCACCAUGUGUUGUACUCUUUUUAAACAAUAAAUAUAAGUUAUAGUUGAA